AAUGCUAACAAAGGGCAGCAGGAACUGAAAUUCAUUUGAGUGGGAUUGAAGAACUGGUGUGAUAUAUGUUCUUUGUGAGGCAUUUUUUCUGAGAGCAGAAAAAUACACUUUCUGAAUACGUCUCUUUUCUUCGUUCUUCCUAGUCAGUCCGUAUCGAAACACACACGAAGACCAGACUCUGAACCUACCUUCCCGAUAUUUGUGCUAAAACAGCAAUUAAAAACAACUCUCCAAAUGAAGUGUGAAAAUUGCACAAAGAAGGAAUGUAUUAAAAAAACAAACACUGAUGACCAACAAAAUGUAUCACUUGAUACACCAGACUUUAACAGUGAACAUGAAGAGAAAAGUGAGUUCCACAAGUUGGCUGAUGCUAAAAUAUUUCUCAGUGAUUGCCUGGCCUAUGACAGUUGUGUUACUGUGGAGGAAGGAAUAAAAGUUUUCCAGCAGAAUCAGAAGGAGUUUUUUCGUAUACUGAACCUUAAUAAGAAAUGUGAUACUUCAGCCCACAAAGUGUUGGCAGUGUCCAUAUGCCCUCAGUCUUUGCCUUAUUUUGCUGCCAAGUUCAAUCUCAGUGUAACGGAUGCAUCAAAAAGACUCUGUGGUUUCUUAAAAAGUCUUGGUGUACAUUAUGUAUUUGAUUCAACAAUAGCUGUUGAUUUCAGUAUCCUAGAAAGUCAGAAAGAAUUUAUACAUCGAUAUCACCAUCAAAGGCAAGAAGAACAUUCCUUACCUAUGUUUGCUUCUGCCUGCCCAGGUUGGAUCCAGUAUGCAGAAAGGGUGCUGGGUAACCCAGUUACACCACAUAUAUGUACUGCAAAAUCCCCCCAACAGAUCAUGGGAUCACUGGUGAAGGAUUACUUUGCCAGACAGCAGAACUUGUCUCCAGAUAAAAUUUUCCAUAUCAUUGUGGCCCCUUGUUAUGACAAGAAGCUGGAAGCCCUUAGAGAAGAUUUUUACACUGCUUCAUAUAAUUCUCAUGAUGUUGAUUGUGUGUUAACAUCAGGUGAAAUUAUCCAGAUUAUGGAACAAAAAAAAGAAUUCGUGAAAGAAGCUGUAGUAGACACUCUAUUUGGUGAGAUAAAGGAAGGAGACACAGUGAGUGAUGGUGCGACGAGGUCAGAUGGCUACCUGGAGCACAUCUUUAAAUAUGCAGCCAGAGAACUGUUUGACAUGGACAUCAAAGAAAUCACUUACAGAGCAUUGAAAAACAAAGACUUCCAGGAGAUCACUCUGGAAAAAAAUGGGGAAAUAGUGCUACGGUUUGCUGCUGCUUAUGGCUUUCGAAAUAUCCAGAACAUGAUCCUGAAACUUAAAAAGGGCAAGUUCCCAUAUCACUUUGUAGAGGUCCUAGCCUGUCCUGGAGGCUGCUUAAAUGGCAAAGGUCAAACUCAAACUGAAGAUGGGAAACCAGACAAGGCGCUGCUGAGACGAAUGGAAGAAGUGUAUGCUGAGAUCCCUGUGCAGCUUCCAGAAACUAACACACAUGUGCAGAGACUAUACCAAGAGUGGCUAAAUGGUACAGACUCCCCAAAGGUCCUGGAAGCCCUGCAUACCACUUACAAUACUGCUGAACACCCCACAGACAACAUGGAUAUCAAGUGGUGACAGCAAAGUUGGUAAAAGGACAACAUGUGUAAAUGACACUGGAAACAUUCUAUGCAAUCAGGAACACAUUCUUUGGACUUUAAUUAUGAAAGAGGUGGGUUUUUCCCCUUAAAUUCCAAAUACUUUUUUUUUCCUGAAAAGCCUAUAGUUUCUUAGGACUUCUAUUUUCUCAGUUAGCUUGGUGCUGUACCUUUCAACAGUACGUUUUGUCAAGGAAGAAUGAUUUCUCUGAAUUUAAAAAAUAUUCUUUGUCCUAAGGAUUAUUUUAAAGAUACAAGAUAUAAGGACAGUGAAUGGUGCUCCCUUAACCAAGACCAAAAUUUAAAAAAAAUUUUUUAAACUUGAAACUUAUAAUAUGUUAAAGAGAAAUGAUUGAAAAAGCUUCAUGUAAUCUUUUGAAAAAUGUAUCCAGGAACCCAAAGAUGAGUAGUCUAAUGCAAUGCCUGGAGUGAAAGGGGUGGUUUACUAUCAAAUGGAAUGGAUUUUCAGAUCAAAACAUGCAUCAUAAACAAACCAUUUCAAGGCCAGGAAUUCUUCUCUCAUUGGAAGAAGAGGCAGGAGAGGGAACCAGAUGUGAAUACAGGGGCCCAAAGCCUCUCUGAAAAUCAAGAGCCAGAGGGAAUAAAGAGAUAGAGGACCUACCAUGAGGGCCUGUGGGAAUGAGGACAGAGGCUUGGGGCACAGGGUACAGGGGAUGGGGUAGUGUGAGUCUUCUGAGGUCAUUGUAUACAUGUAUUAAAAAGGGAAGAGGUAUAGCUUUAAUAGAAGGCAUCAUUGGUAAGAUGGAAAACGAAGAGGGGUAGCUGAGCCAAGAACUCACGGUAAAAAAUGUUUUGAGUGGGGAAGGUAGUAGGAGAAGAAAUUGUCAUAAAUAGGCACAUGAGGUUUGGGGAUGUCCAGGCUCCUGGGUCCUAGAAGCCAAGCAUAGGUGACAUAGAGCAGGAACAUGAGGACCACACAGAGGAAGACUGGGAGAGAGUGCAAGAGAUUGAGACCCUCCUUACCACCACACUUUACAACCUGCAUUGUGGUACAUAGACCCUAUAUGGAGGAGGUCCAAGGAAAAGCACAAUGCCAAUGUCAAUGAAUAAUUCACCAAACCAGUUAGCAGAAUCAACAUUGCAUUUGACCCUGAUUGUGAAAGAAAUGGGAAAUGUAAACAACAAUCCUAUAAUUUAUGGAGAUUAACCUCCGUUUGACUAUAAUCCUUGAGACACUAAGCAAAUGUCCUUAGGAUUUCAACAGAGGACAAUGGAGGUAGAAUUAAAGAGUACAUAGAGACUUAAGGUAGAUUUUGACUAUCUUUUAGCAGACCUGCUUCUCCAAAGUACUUGGACAAAACUUUGUCAUCAGAAUUGGAUCUACAAAAAUAACUAACAUUUUUUGCUUAGAAAUUUUUUCCAAUUUUCCAAUUUUGUGUUUUAAAUAAAAUGCUCUGUAAGUCUCCCCAAAGAAAUGCCUAUCAGAACCUAAGUCAUUCUAGGAAGCAAUUGUUGAAAAUGGAAAACAGCAUUGGUCUGGGAGUGAGGAAACCUUGGUUCUAAUUCUGACUACUCUAACUACCUGUGUGGCCAUGAGCAAAUCAUUUUCGCUUCAGUUUUGCUGUCUAUACAAUGAUGAAAUAAAACUAGUUGGUCUCAAAAAUCCUUUUCAACUUUAGUAUUUCUGAUUCCUUUUCACACCCCUACCUUUUUUAGUCCCAUCUUUACCUACCUUCUUCUUCACUGCUCUGUUGGCAGCUUCCAAAUCAAAAGGGUUUUUGUCUCUUUCAUGCAAGGGAAAUUAAUUUAUCUACUCAUGCUCCAUAAACCACUUGUGUAGCAUAGUCUUCCUCUCAUCCACUGCAAGUACUAAUGGUUGUAGCCUUUCUCUUCCUAAAUAGAAAUAGGGAUUGGGGGUAGGGGGGAAUAAAUAUAAGGAAUUAGUUGCAGGGAAGUAGUCUGGAAAUACACAGUUCAAAACUAUCUUUGACUGGAUACAGUAAAUUCUGUGAAAAAAACAAACCUAUAAGUAAAUGCAAAUUUUCCUGAACAGCCUUUGAAGAUUGUCAAAAUAACUUUGGUUUCAACUCUCAUAUUUAUGGUGAUCCUAUAGCCUCCCUCAGUGUAAUUAUAACCUUGUAUGAUUAGAUAUUAGAUUACCAGUAUGUUUUAUGCACCUGUGUUUCUUCAUAUGAUAGAUAAUUAUGUAUACUGUGAUAAAUUAUAUAUUUUAGACCUGUUAUAUGUAUGGUUUUUGUUUUGUCCCAUUUUUUUUCUCUAAAAACAAUUCUCCAAGUAAUAAAACAUAAGGGAUAAUUGUGGAGAAGUAAUUGAAUAAUAUAAUUCUCCCUAGUAGGGGUUAGAACCUGGAACCAGAUUCAAUAAACAAAUCAACAACAUUAUUAAGUACCUACUUUUUGCCAGGUACUUUGCUAAGCUCUGAGGAUACAAAGAAAAAGAAAGGCAAAAACAGGUAUAUGUUAUUUCACCAUCUUUUAAGUCCAUAUGCCCAAAUGAUUUCUCCAUGGUGCUUCUACCAAGCUAUAGCCUAGAAACAAGAUGAAAAGGACUAGCAGACAAAGAAGCUGUUCAGUCACUUCUCAAUAGGCCUGGAACAUCAAGACUUGGCACUGGGUACACAUCUUCACAUUGUUCCUAAUGCUAUUGUUUUUAAACUGAAAUCAAGGAAGCUAUUUUUAAUAAUUAAUGUCAGUGGAUGAAAAUAGGACGGACUUAGAAUGAAACCUCUUCACAAUAGCUAGCACAUACCACAGUUUCCUACUUCACAUACAGGUGUCUGAGGCAAAAGCAAGUUGUGACCCAAUGGUUGAGGACCUCUCCAUUUUAAUCUCUUGAGGGGCAUGUAAUGAUGUUUGCCAUAUAAUUGAUUGUUAAUCUUAUCUUUAUAUGUUCCUUUGCUUCUGUUUAAAUAGAAGAACUCUAGGUACAAAGAGAGAAGUGAAAAUAGAUUAAUAGAGCUUUCCUCUCCCUGCCCCCCAUGCUUUAUUUGUAUUUUUUUGGUUAGAAUUCAGAUUCUAGAUGGAAUUUAGUGGUCCUGUAUCUUAUAAUGUAUUCUUGGUAGUGCUGCUUUUAACUUAUACUGUGAUCAUCUCAUGAAGAGGUAAGGUAAAGCUAUUGAUGAGAUAUCAUCCUUAGAGAGGAGUGGAGGUAACUUCCUACAGACUCCUCAACCUGUGUAUACUUUAGUGUUUUGUAGUAUACUGUACAAAAAGGCAAAAUAAACUUACACUCGUGAUAGCAGA